AUGAACCAGCAAGAGCACAUCAGCGAGGAGGCCGCAAAGAUUGAGAAGAUUCGAGGAGGCUCAGGACCUGACUUGGAAAUGGGCACACCGGUGCAGGAGCUGCUCGAAGAAGACAAGGAAGCACAGAAGAAGGCUCCCCAAGUGCUCAAGGACAGCAUCAAGGCCGGCGCCACUCCUCCCAAGCCUUCAGGAACCCGUUCGUUCUCGACAUACGCACGCCGCAACCAGCAAUUGAGCGAGCACAGCGACAGUCCCUUCGACGAUGCCCUGAUCGCAAACACAAACUUCAGUGCUCAGGAACUCUCUGGACCUGCCACUCCUGUUACUGCCGCUCCUGUCGGCCACAAGUUCGGCUUGCCCGCCCUGCCGCUGCCCAGCAACGCACACAAAGACUACCGCUACGACCCGGUGGUGCGCCAGUUCACCAACUUGACGAUGCAGCACGGCAAGCUUAGUGUCGCCCAGCGCAACAUGUCUACCAUCCUGACAUAUCUGCGCACCCAGUCUCCUCCCAACUACAAUCCCAGUAGACCUCUUCUGCCCGGUGCUCCCCCACCAUCCCACCUUCCUUUGAACCCUGUCCUUUACCUCACACUCGCUGUUGACAGCAUUGCUCCUCUCAUGCGUAUUCGUUCCCAGCGUGGUGCUGCCGGUGGUGGUGUCGCUUUGCAAAUCCCCGUCCCAUUGGGUCUUCGCCAACGCCGUCGUACUGCCUUCGAGUGGAUCCUGGAUGCUGCUUCCAAGCGCAAGUCACGCGGCAGUGGUCGUGACAUGUUCGCUCUGCGUGUCGCCGAAGAGAUUGUUGCAAUCAUUGAAGGCCGCAGCUCUGCUUGGGAGAAGCGUACCGGUAUCCACAAGAUUGCCACUACUGCUAGAAGCAACCUUGGCUUCGGCAGAGUUGGUGGUCCCAGAAGGUAG